AUGUCCUCCUCGCUUCGCACGCCGUGGGACCCGACGAAGACGCCGUACCCGCAGGUGCGCAGGUCCGACACGGUCGAGACGUUCAAGUCGGCCAAGAAGGCCGAGGUUCGCGUCGCAGACCCCUACGACUGGCUUCACGAUCCCGACUCUCGCGAGACUCAAGCUUUCGUCAAGUCGCAAGGAGACUUCACGCGGGCAUACCUUGACCAGUACAAGGACCGGAAGGUGUUCACCGAGGAGCUCAGGAAGAACUGGAACUACCCGCGAUUCUCCUGCCCUGCGCUGAAGGGAGACGGCAACUACUACUUCACGUACAACAGCGGACUCCAGCCGCAACCUUCGAUCUACCGCUUCCCCAAGGGUCAGGAGACUGUGACGCCAAAGGAGGGAGAGGUUGGCGGUGAGCUGUUCUUCGAUCCCAACCUCCUCUCGACCGAUGGCUCCGUCUCGCGUGCAACCAGUGCGUUCUCGGACGACGGCAAGUGGUUCGCGUACGCGCUUUCCCGCUCGGGCUCCGACUGGUCGACCAUCUACGUUCGCCCGACCUCGUCGCCGCACAACCCGCAGCAGGAAGUCGGCAAGGAUGAGGGUCGCCUCGAACACGACGUUAUCCGCUUCGUCAAGUUUUCCGGAAUCGGCUGGACGAAGGACUCGAAAGGCUUCUUCUACCAGCGCUUCCCUGCGCGCGCCGAGCACGGCGCAGACACGGAUGAUAAGGCCGGAACGGAGACGGACAAGGAUGUCAACGCGCUGUUGUACUACCACAAGAUCGGCACGCCGCAGAGCGAGGACGUCCUCGUCUACAAGGACGAGUCCAACCCCGAGUGGAUGUUCUCGGCCGGUGGAACCGAAGACGGCCGUUACGUCGUCAUGACCCAGUCUCGGGACACGGCUCGCUCCAACCUGCUCUGGAUCUCCGACUUGCAGGAGGAAGGCAACGAGAUCGGCCCGAACAUGAAGUGGAAAAAGGUCGUCAACGAGUGGGGCUCGUACUACGCCGACAUCACGAACGACGGGUCCAAGUUCUACUUCUACACGAACGCCAACGACUCGCCCAACUACAAGCUCGUUACCUACGACCUCGCCAAGCCGGAGGACGGCUUCAAGGACCUCGUCGCACACGACCCGAAGCUCCCGCUCACAUCGGUUCACGUGGCCAACAAGGACGCACUUGUCCUCCUCUACUCGGUCGACGUCAAGGACGAGCUCUACCUGCACUCGCUUGCGACCGGUGAGCGCAUCAAGCGCCUCGGUGAAGGCCUGAUCGGCUCGAUCGACCAGAUUGCGGGCAAGCGCGAGCACGACGAAAUGUGGUGGUCAAUGUCCGGUUUCACGUCGCCUGGAACGGUUUAUCGCUACGAUUUCACCGACAACGCGGCAAAGGGCAAGAAGGCGGGCGAGCAGCAGGUCUACCGCGAGGCGAGCGUCGAGGGCAUCAAGCCGGACGACUUUAUCAGCGAGCAGGUCUUCUUCACCUCGAAGGAUGGGACGAAGGUGCCGAUGUUCGUGACAAGGCCCAAGGACGUCGCCAAGGAUGGGACGGCUCCCGCGAUCUUGUACGGCUACGGCGGGUUCUCCCAUGCGAUCACGCCGUUCUUCUCGCCCUCGCUCAUGACGUGGAUCAAGCACUACAAGGGCGUCUUGGCGGUCGCCAACAUCCGCGGCGGCGAGGAGUACGGCGAGAGCUGGCACAUCGCUGGUACGAAGGCGCAGAAGCAGAACGUCUUCGACGACUUCCGCUGGGCUGCGAAGCACCUCAUCACCGAGAAGUACGUCGCGCACAACAAGAUCGCGAUUUCGGGCGGCUCGAACGGCGGUCUCCUCGUCGCUGCGUGCUUGAACCAGGAGCCGAGCCUGUUUGGCGCCGCCAUUGCGGACGUCGGCGUGCUGGACAUGCUGAGGUUCCAGCGCUUCACGAUCGGGCGCGCCUGGACGAGCGACUACGGCAGCUCGGACGAUCCCGAAGGCUUCGACUACCUCAUUGAGUACUCGCCUCUCCACAACGUCGACCCCUCAAAGGCGCCGUAUCCUCCUACCAUGCUCCUCACCGCCGACCACGACGACCGCGUCGUCCCUCUCCACUCCUUCAAGUAUGCCGCCGAGUUGCAGUACCGGCUGCCGGACAACCCGAAUCCGCUGCUGCUCAGGGUUGACACGAAGUCUGGGCAUGGCGCUGGCAAGAGUACGGAGAAGAAGAUCGAGGAGGCUGUCGACAAGUACGGCUUCGUGGCGCAGUCGAUGGGCUUGAAGUGGCACGACUAG